AUGGCUUCGUCCAGCUCCUCCAGCACCUCAGGCGGCCCCAUCGCCAGAGGAUCUCGAAGGAGGAGGCUCGUUCUGAAGCUGAGCCAGAAGGACACCCUGCAAGCGCUCUUUCAACAGAACCCCUACCCUGGGAUAGCGACCAGAGAACGACUGGCCCGAGAGCUUGGCAUUGCCGAAAGCAGAGUUCAGGUCUGGUUUCAGAACCAACGAAGAAGACGGUUAAAGCAGAGCCGAUCGCCGUCUGCAAAUAUGCGCCAAGACGGGGAAGGGGCGCCAGGAGAGGCCAGGAGAAAGAGGACAGCCAUCUCUCCUUCUCAAACAAGGAUCCUUGUGCAAGCCUUCACGAGGGAUCGCUUUCCAGGGAUUGCCGCCAGGGAAGAACUGGCUCGUCAGACGGGAAUCCCAGAACCUCGAAUCCAGAUAUGGUUUCAAAACCGAAGAGCUCGGCACCCCCAGCAGAGCGCAAGGGGGCCUGGCAAUGCGCCUUCCCCGGGGGCUGCUGCGGAUGCAGGAGCACACCCUGCCCUCCCAGGCACAGCCAGCAUCCUAGAAGAGUUCGUGGAGGCCACAGGCAUCCCGGACACGCAGGCGCCUUCCCCGGGGGCUGCUGCAGAUUCAGAAAUAUGGUUUCAAAACCGAAGAGCUCGGCACCCCCAGCAGAGCGCAAGGGGGCCUGGCAAUGCGCCUUCCCCGGGGGCUGCUGCGGAUGCAGGAGCACACCCUGCCCUCCCAGGCACAGCCAGCAUCCUAGAAGAGUUCGUGGAGGCCACAGGCAUCCCGGACACGCAGGCGCCUUCCCCGGGGGCUGCUGCAGAUUCAGAAAUAUGGUUUCAAAACCGAAGAGCUCGGCACCCCCAGCAGAGCGCAAGGGGGCCUGGCAAUGUCCGGGCCCGAGGACCAGGCGGCGCAUCGGCCACGACCGCUCCUGCUCCAGAGGACCGAAGGGCCCCACCCGCUGUCCACAGCACCUCUCCUCCCCUUGGCCCCUCUCAGACACAGGAGAGCAUGCCACCCUUGGCUGCAGCCGCUCCUUUGGGCGCCCCCACCUUCUGGGUGCCCGGGACUGCCUCUGGGGUCUGUGUGGGCCAGCCGUUGAUGUUCUUCGUGAUCCAGCCCAGCCCGAUGUCUCUCCAGCCAAGUGAGAAGCCACCAUCUCCUCCCCAGGUAGCAGUGCCCUGGGCCGCACGCACCAGCUUCCUAGACGAGCUCUUGGAGGCCAUGGGCAUCACAGACUGGCAGGCGCCUUCCCCGGGGGCUGCUGCGGAUGCAGGAGCACACCCUGCCCUCCCAGGCACAGCCAGCAUCCUAGAAGAGUUCGUGGAGGCCACAGGCAUCCCGGACACGCAGGCGCCUUCCCCGGGGGCUGCUGCAGAUUCAGAAGUGCACCCUGCCCUGCCAGACGCACCCAGCUUCCUUGACGAGCUCUUGGAAGCCACGGGCAUCGCAGACUGGCAGGCACCUUCCCCGGGGGCCGCUGCAGAUGCAGGAGCGCACCCUGCCCUGCCAGUUGCAACCAGCUUCCUAGACGAGCUCUUGGAUGCCACGGGCAUCGAGGACUCUCAGGCGCCUUCCCCGGAGCCCGGUGCAGAUGCAGGAGUGCACCCUGCCCUGCCAGACCCACCCAGCUUCCUAGACGAGCUCUUGGAGGCCACGGGCCUCGGGUCCUCGCAGGCGCCUUCCCCGGGGGCCGCUGCAGAUGCAGGAGCACACCCUGCCCUGCCAGGCACACCCAGCUUUCUAGGCCAGCUCUUGGAGGCCACGGAUAUUGCGGCCUCGCAGGCGCCUUCCCUGGGGCCCUAUGCAGAUGCAGGAGCACACCUCGCCCUCCCAGGCUCACCCAGCCUCCAAGAUGAGCUCCUGGCCGUCACAUGCAUCCCGGGCUCGCCGGGUCCUUCCCUGGGGUCCUCUCCUGUCAUCCCAGGGUACCAUCCAGCCCUCCCCGGGUCUCCCAGCCUCCUAGAGGAAAUCAUGGCUGCCUCGUCCAUCCAGGACACGCCCUGGUCUUCACCGCGGGCCGCUGCGGACGAAGAAGGAGUUGAGGCAAUCCUGGAGGCACCCCUCAGAGAGGAGGAUUACCAGGCACUCCUGGACAUGCUGCCAGGCUCCCCAGGCCCUCGGGCUUAG